UUUAGAAAGUCGAGGGACCUCGGAGAAGCAAGCCGAGCUGGACCUCGUGUCGCCUGAAGGGUCGCUCGCUCGCUCGCUCGCUCGCUCGAGGGGCAGGAAGGGAUGUCCCUCUUCUUCCGGGCCGUGGCCGACAGGAGCAGAUCCAGGCAGGCAGGCGCAGGGGUCGAGGAGGCCCAUUUAAAUCGAUGGGGUCUGACCGGCAUCCAUCUCCAUCCAUAUCAGCUGGAAGGUGUGAACUGGUUGACACAUUGCUAUGGAACGUGGCGUGGCUGCAUCCUGGGUGAUGAAAUGGGCCUUGGGAAGACUUGCCAGACAAUUUCUUUGCUUCUUGUUCUAAGUGGAAAGUUUAAUAAAAGGCCUUUUUUGGUCCUUUGCCCUCUUUCUGUGUUGAACAACUGGAAGGAAGAACUUAACAGAUUUGCUCCACGGCUUUCCUUCAUAACAUAUUGGGGCGACAAGGAAGAAAGGACUGAGCUACAACAGGAUAUAUCCUCAAAUAAUAAUUUCCACAUUCUGCUAACUACCUAUGAGAUAUGCCUUAAAGAUGCGUUGUUUUUGAAACGUUUUAACUGGGCAUGCCUUGUUGUGGAUGAAGCUCAUAGGCUCAAGAAUGAGGAUUCAUUACUUCAUAAAACACUCUCAGAGUUUUCAACAGAUUUCUGCCUCCUGCUGACUGGCACUCCUAUUCAGAAUAACCUCAAAGAGCUGUAUGCCCUGCUCGCUUUUAUUGAACCAGUUAUAUUCCCCAAGGAGCUAGUGGAAGAGUUUGUUCACUAUUACCAUGAAGUUGAAAAGGAAAGCAAAACAGCCCAAGAACUGCACAGUCUGUUGAAGCCCUUCUUGCUCAGGAGAGUGAAAUCAGAAGUUGCAAGUGAGCUCCCAAAGAAGAUGGAGGUCAUUCUCUACCAUGGAAUGUCAGCAUUGCAGAGAAAAUUUUAUAAGGCUAUUUUGAUGAAUGACCUAGAUGCCUUUGCAAAUGAAACGGGGAAGAAAGCUAGGCUGCAAAAUGUUUUAAUUCAACUCCGGAAAUGUGUUGCUCAUCCGUAUUUGUUCAAUGGUGUUGAACCAGAACCCUUUGUCAUUGGAGAUCACCUCAUCGAAGUCAGUGGAAAGCUGAACUUGUUAGAUAACCUCCUUGCUUUCCUGUACAAAGGUGGUCACCGUGUAUUGCUGUUUUCCCAGAUGACCCAAAUGCUGGAUAUUCUGCAGGACUAUAUGGAUUACAGAGGUUACAGCUAUGAGCGCUUGGAUGGAUCUGUCCGAGGUGAAGAAAGACACCUUGCCAUUAAAAACUUUGGUCAGCAGCCCAUUUUUGUCUUCCUCCUGAGCACGAGAGCAGGUGGUGUUGGGAUGAAUUUAACUGCAGCAGACACAGUUAUUUUUGUUGACAAUGACUUUAACCCGCAAAAUGACCUGCAAGCAAUAGCAAGAGCUCACCGGCUUGGCCAGAAUAAGCCUGUAAAAAUUAUUCAUUUGAUUGGGAGAGACACCAUAGAAGAGAUAAUCUAUCGACGAGCAGCAUCAAAGCUCCAGCUAACUAAUACCAUUAUUGAAGGAGGCCAGUUUGCACUUGGAACCCAAACAUCACAGGAAACUGUCAAUAUUCAGCUGAGUGAAAUCCUGAAGUUUGGUUUGGACAAACUGCUAUCAUUGGAUGGGAGUACUAUCUGUGAUGUGGAUUUGGGAAGUAUUCUUGGAGAGACCAGAGAAGGAGUAUGGAUAAUAGAUCCUGUGCUGUCCACCACAGAUGGAAAUGAAGAGCAAAAUCUAGAAAGCCACAUGUAUCUAUACGAAGGCAAAGAUUACUCCAAAGAACUUAGCAGAGAAGACCAGAAAGCCUUUGAUCAGCUGCUUGAUCUUCAGAAAGUUCUCCUUGAAGAUGUCAGUCAAGAAGGAAGAGCUCUCCGAAAUAAAGCCAACGCCCUUGUUUUGGGUAUCGAGAUAGGUCCCAGUAAGAAACGGAGGAAACUGAGUCCCGAAGAACUGGAAGCCCGGCGUAGGAAGGCACAAGAAGCAGCAGCCAGAAGGGCCAGGAUCAAGGAAGAACAGAGACAGAAAAAGGCAGAAGCCGAUCACCAGAAAAAGAUGGCCUGGUGGGAAGCUAAUCACUACAGGUCUUAUUGCCUUGAGUCAGAAGAAAGCAGUGAGGACGACGAGGAGGAGGAGGGCGUGCUGGAUGUCCAUUUGGACUACACUAAUCCAGACCAAACCUCUAUCCACUAUAUUAUGGGUGAUGUCACUCAUCCCUCAGCUGGGGAAGAGGAUGCCAUCAUUGUGCACUGUGUAGAUGAUUCAGGCCGCUGGGGGAGAGGAGGCUUAUUUACAGCUUUGGGAAACCGCUCUGACCAGCCAAAGAAGAUAUAUGAGCAGGCAGGAAAGAUGAAAGAUCUGAAAUUAGGAGGAACUCUCUUAUUCCCAAUUGAUGAUAAGGAAUCCAGAAACAAAGGACAGGACUUGCUGGCCCUUAUUGUUGCACAGCACCGAGACUGCUCCAACAACUUGUCUGGAAUUAAGCUCCCUGCUUUGGAAAAAGGAUUAAAGAAAAUCUGUCUGGCAGCCAAGAAAAGGGAUGCAAGUGUCCACCUGCCUCGCAUUGGACAUUCAACCAAAGGCUUUAAUUGGUAUGGAACAGAGCGUCUUAUUCGCAAGUACCUGGCAACAAGAGGAAUCCCCACAUUUUUAUACUACUUUCCUAGAGCUAAAGCACCUUCACAAGUUUCCACGACAUCAGCAUCAACUACACAGUCUUAAAGCUGUUUGCAGUGCACACAGCUCUCCUUCAGCUCAUCUACAGUCAGCAUUCAUGCAGCUUUUUUCAAUUGUUUAGAAAAUCUGGGUAGGAUAGAUACAGAUCUUUUUAUAUGCAUAUAAAUCUGUUUCCAUAUGAGGGGUGCUGUAAGAGGACUGGAUAAAGAGUUUUUAUCAUGCUCACAGGCCCCAUCUGCACUGCCAUAUAAAAUCCAGAUUAUCUGCUUUGACCUGGAUUAUAUGGCAGUGUAGAUCCAGCCUCAGUUUUGUGGACAGAAGUGGUAGUUCUGGAUUGUACACAAAUCCAGAACUGGCUUUAGUAUUGUGCUGAACAUGACCUGCUGGCCUCUGAGAAAGGUUCAAGCCAAGCAAACAAAAAAAGCAGAUUAAGAGCAGAUUAGACCUGUGACUUGGCUCUUCAUCUCCUGGCUUUAUUCCUUCAGAUUGUAGAACUAUUGAUUUUUUUUUUAUUUCUUGAUUUAAUUUUGUCCUGGCACAUGGAAUGUUUACAGUCUUGUUGAAAUGUAGAGUGAAUAUUAAAAUGACAAACUGACUAUUUUUGUAAAAAAAAAAUAGUGCUUGAAGCAAAAUAUCUUUAUACAGAUUUUAUUCUAUCACUUUGAAAAACAAGCUCUGGAAUGGGGUUUAUGAUGGACAAGAUUGUCUAUUUUCUAGCUGAAAGUAGUGUCCUAAGGAUCAGGAGAUGAAGAAUGGCUUAUCGGUUGACCUGGUGAAGAAUCUCAGCAUUAACUCCCACAUUGAGGGAGUCAGGCAAAACUGUAUUAACUUGUAACCUUUAAGGUUGAAACUGUUUGUCUCUGCAAAGAACCAGCCUUGCCACAAUAAGCCCAGAAACAGACCAACUGGCCAUUAUGUUAAUCUCAUGUCAACACAGUCCUCAACUCUAUGUCCACAAUGCUUCUAGAGACCAUGUUUAGAUAUUACAAGGGAUGCAUCUGUCUUUUGAAUAAAAUAAAUCUCCUUAUUAAGAAAUUAUUAAAA